AUGGUGGUGGUGGUCUUGCUGGGGCUCAGCUGGUUCUGCGCCCCCCUGGGAGCUCUGGUUCUGGACUUCAACAACAUCAAGAGCUAUGCUGAAGGGGCUCGUAAGGGUUCACAGUGCCUGUCUGACAAGGACUGCAGUUCUAGAAAAUUCUGCCUCAAACCUCAAGAGGAGAAGCCAUUCUGUGCUACGUGUCGUGGGUUACAGAGGAGGUGCCAACGUAGUGCCAUGUGCUGCCCUGGAAUGCUCUGCUUGAAUGAUGCUUGUACGAUGAUGGAAGAUAGAGCGCCAAUAUUGGAAAGACAGAUCGAUGACCAAGAUGAUGUGGACACAAAAGGAACAACUGAGCAUCCAGUUCAGGAAAACAAACCCAAAAGGAAGCCAAAUAUUAAAUCACAAGGCAGUAGGGGGCAAGAGGGAGAAAGAUGUCUUAGGACUUCUGACUGUAGAGCUGGACUUUGCUGUGCUCGUCAUUUUUGGACUAAAAUUUGUAAGCCAGUCCUCUUGGAGGGACAGGUCUGCUCUAGGAGAGGGCAGAAAGAUACUGCUCAAGCUCCAGAAAUCUUCCAGCGCUGUGACUGUGGUCCUGGACUGUUAUGUCGAAAUCAAGUAACUGGCAACCGACAAAUUGCACGGUUAAGAGUAUGCCAAAAAAUCUAA